UAGGACUUUGAUUAUUAUUUUUCAAGUAGAAUAAAUUUUAUAGUUUUAAUUAGCUAUUUGCUUUUAUUGUAAAUGUAUUUGUUGUUUAUCAUGGCCAUCAAGGAAAAUGGAUCCAGAAAAUCCAGGCAAAGAAGCUAUUGUUAAAGUUGCACAGUGGUUAAAAAGUGUUUGGGAAAUGAAAAGACGUGGUGGACCAUCAGUACAACAAUGGAUAGACUCAAUUCCAUCACCAAUAAAAUCAACAAUACAUAAUGAUGAUAAUUUAACAACACCAAUAACACCAACAACAAUACAAACAACUCAAACAAUGUCAUCAACAAUAUCAACAUCAACAACAACAACAACAACAAUGUCAACAACAGCAUCAGUAUCAUCACAAUAUAACAUGAAGAAUAUUUUGUAUUCUAAAAAUCCAGUAAUGACAGUGUCAACACCAAAAUCAUCAGCUCCAAAUUCACCAGUUAUAUCUGCACUUAAUUCAUCACCACUUCAUGGACGAUUAGUUAGAGAUCCAAGUUUACAAUCAGACAGUAGUCAUUGUAGCAGUGUUGAAAGUUUAUUGGAACUUAGAAAAGCUGAUCCAGAAGCAAUAUUACUUGGUCUUGGUUUUGGUGGUUGUACAAGUGUUGCACAAGACAAUGGUCCAUUAUCUAGAAUUCCAAAGAGAUUUUUACAACCAUCAAAAUUAAAAGGAAUUGCUAUUAAUAAUUUUGUCAAACAACAACAAGAAACAAGUGAAUCAAUUGACACUGCUUCACUUGGAUAUCGUGGAUUAACUGGAUCACCAUUUGUAGCACCAUCAGAAAUAGUACAAAAAAUUAUGGAACGUCUUCGUGAUAAUGAGAGUCAUGAAAUUGAUGCAUACAGUGCAUUUCAUAAUGAUUCAUAUACUCCACUUCACAUGCAGGAUGGAAGACUAUCAGUUUUAUCACCAGAUAGUAGACAAUUUGUUCAACGAUCAAGAUCAAUUAGUCCUGAUAUGCGCAACAAAAGAAUGAUUAUAGGACAAAAAUCAUUUGCAUUUGGCUGUGAUGGUGAUUUAAUUGAAAUAAAUCCAUUGAAUCAUCAAAAUUCAAAUAGAUUAGCCAAUAUAAAUUCAACUGAUUAUCAAGAUGAUGAUGAUGAUGAUGAUGUAUUUACAAAAUCAAGAUCGUUUAAUAUUGAAAAUAUUAAUUAUAUUAAACACAAUAAUAAUGAUGAUGAUGAUGAUGAAAAAUCAGCUGAAAAUAUUAUUAAAUUAGUAGAUAAUAAUAAACAUCAAAUAUUGUAUCGUCAUAUUGAUGAACAUGAUGAUGAUGAAGAUGGUAAAAAUAAUAAUUCAAGUGGUAUUGAGAUAAAAAUAAAUAAUGAUGAAUCAAAUUGUUGGGAUAAUAUUAAUGAUACUGGUUAUUAUACAAGAAGAUCAAGUGAUAGUUUUUGUGAGUUAAAAAAAUCAACAACAGAUACAAUGAUUAAUAAUAAUUCGGCUAAUGAUGAAAGAAGAUCAAGUGAUGGUUUGAUAAAUAACGAAACAUCAUCAAUUGAUUUUAAAAAAAGAAAAAGAAAUAGUUUGAAACGACAAGCAAGAAUAAGUGAUGAAGAAGCUGCUGAAUAUUUUGAAUCAUUGGAAGCAAAUACUUUAUCAUCGUCAUCAUCACCACCAUCUCCAUCAUCACAAGAUGAAUUAAAAUUACAAAAAGGAAAUAAAGUCAUACAGUGUGAUACUAAUAAAUAUCAUUUAUGUUGUAAAAGUGAUGAACUUGGACAAAUAUGUGGACACAAAGAAGACACUAAAGAUUGUUGUUAUCAUGAUGCUAAUACAAAUUGUUGGAAAAAAAUGAAACAAAUGAUGAAGAAAAAUCAAAAACUUGAAAAUAUGGUUGUUAAAAAUCGACGUGAAAUGGCAGAAAUAAGAGAAAUGCUAAAUAAUGUAUUAUCAAUUAGAAUGGAGCCAGGUUUUUAAUUAAUUGAUUUUUGUUUUUUUUUGCAAAAUGACAUAUCAAUCAGGACCUAAUGUAAAUUUAGUACUAAACAUAUAUUUUUAUCUUUGUUAUAUAUAUAUUUAAACAAAUUUACUAUUUUUAAAUAUUAAGAGAAUAUACUGUAAUUAUUAUUAUUUUGUUAAAUAUUUAAAUCAAAAACUUUCAAGUCAAUUAUUACUAAUCAAAUGAUUUAAUAAUAGUUAAUAUUUUUUUUUCAAAUUAUCGUGUUAAUAAAAUUUAAUACCAAUAAUCAAAAUUACCAAUGAUAUUUAAGAAAAAUCAAUAAUAAAUUAUCUUGUUUUUCAUCUAAUUAUUGUCGAUAUUAUUUUGUUAAAUUUUAAAUAGGAAAAGAAUAAAAAAAAAAAAAAACACAAUUUAAA